GAGCCAGGGCCUCGCGAGAACUGGGGGAGCCGCUGAGGCCUCAUUGGGCAAGCGCUGCGCAUGCUGGGACUGGACCCCCUUUGGCUGAGAAUCCGCCGUAGCUCCGCGCUCUGCCAAGCUUCCUCGGAGUGGUCGGCAGAAGUUUCUCGGAACAGCUCCGAGGCAGCGGAGGAAUCAGGUGGAGACUGGGGUUGGGAGGAGUGUCUGAGGUUAAGGGAAGGCUAGCAAAAGGGGCGGCGACCUGCGUUCCGUCCGCGCUGUGGCUGGUCCUGCUCCCUGGGUGGGAGCGGCUCCUGGAAAGCGGUUCGUUUCGUCUCUCUCGAAGACCAGGUUCCCGUUCUGGACCUUCGACUUCGGAAGACCCUACGGUUGGUUAGGCCUCUUCUGGAGGCCAGCGAGCUUUUGUUCUGGCUGGCUCCACCAGGACAUUGUAGGAAGUGUUCAGUAAGGCGUGCAAGGCACUCCAGGGAGAAAAUGAUUCGGGACUACAGGGAAGGUCCCCGCUGAAGGCAGAUGCCCUUCGCCACAAGUCGAGCCAGCACCGAACAAAUCAGGAUGUUGAGAGUGAAGGCCGGGGUAGCGCAGCAGGCAGCAGGAACAUAAAGAGGUGGAGCCUCUGACCUGAGGUCUCCUGGCCGCUUCUAGGCUGAGGAUGGAGCUGGAAAAGGGAAUCAAUCUCGGAUCUCCUGGGGACCUUGGCUAUUUUUGACUCUUUUACUUGCAGGGAACAGGGAUUGGAUCCAAAAAAACUGUAUCCAGAGUACAGGGAAAACCAAGAAAUCAUGGCGAGUUUACCCCAGGAGGGAGGCAUGUGUUAGGAUCUGAGGCAGGCAACAGUCUGGACAGUGUGGAUCAAAGAGGAGAAAACACCACAACAUAAGGGAAUGGUCAGCCUUGUCAUUUCAGCAUUCUGGCCUUCCCUGUGAGGAGGAAGAUCAACUGAGUCCCAGGGCCCUCCUUGCCCCAUCCAGAGCUAUACCAUGGCAGAGACUGGGGAAGAGGAGACAGUAUCAGCAGAAGCCUCAGGCUUCUCAGAUUUGAGUGACUGAGAAUUUUUGGACUUUCUGGACCUGGACGAUGCCCAAGAGUCCAGUGCUUCACUUAGCAAGCCUGGCCCUUCUUCUGAACCUCCUGGGAAGGAUGAUAAGCCCAUAAGUUCACAAAACUGGAAAAGAGGAUUGGAUAUCUCAUCACCCAUGGAGAGAUUUCACCUAAAAUAUUUAUAUGUCAGUGAUUUGGCUACUCAGAACUGGUGUGAACUGCAAACAAUAUAUGGGAAGAAGCAUCCUUGUUUUUUGGCACCUGAGAAGGCAGCUAUUUUGGACACUGGUGCUAGCAUCCGCCUAGCUAGAGAACUAGAACUUCAUGAUCUUGUGACUAUCCCCAUUACCACUAAAGAAGAUACUUGGGCAAUUAGGUUUCUGAACAUACUAUCAAUGAUUCCUACCCUGCAGUCAGAAGGGUGCGUCAGAGAAUUUCCAGUGUUUGGGGAAGUGGAGGGCUUGCUUCUUGUUGGAGUGAUUGAUGAGCUGCACUAUACAGCAAAAAGGGAACUGGAACUGGUUGAACUCAGGCACCCUGUACUCCCUCUAGAAGCUCAGAAAGACUAUUUUCACGUCAGCCUAUACAAAUGCAUCUUUGAUGCCAUGGUACAAGGGAAAGUGACCCCUGCUAGCCUAAUCUACCACACAAAAUUGUGUCCAGAAAAGGCACUGGGCCCUUCAGUGCUGAAGCAUGCCCAGCAGGAAGGCUUCUCUCUGAAGUCUUUGGGUGACCUUAUGGAACUGGUCUUCUUGUGUCUAACACUGUCAGAUCUCCCAGUUAUUAAUAUCCUGAAGGUUGAGUAUAUCCACCAAGAGACUGCUACUCUACUAGGUACAGAGUUGAUAGCCUUUGAUGAGAAGGAGGUGAGAAGCAAGGUGCAGCAUCAUAUGGCUUAUUGGAUGGGACACCGAGAUCCUCAAGGGGUUGAUGUGGAGGAGGCUUGGAAGUGCAGGACAUGCGACUAUGCAGGCAUUUGUGAGUGGAGGAAGGGUAGUGAAAUGCUCAGCUCCAUGCUGGAGUCCCAAGUCAAAAAAUUCAAAUGAAAUGAGGUAUGCUUUCAGAAAUGUUGAUUGUUCCUGUUCCUGAUACACCUAAGUAAAAGAGGACCAAUCUCUGAGUUUGGCUUUUAUAGAGUGUUUUUAUAAUACCUGAAUUAUUUUUUUUAAUUUCCACAAC